CCGUGACACCACAUUUGCCUAUAUAAGUAAAGUCUACACGCAAUAUCAAGAACAAACCAUAGCCAUUGAAUUUUGAUCUAUCAGAGUUUCUUAAAGAUAAUCUUUUUUGGUGUGAAGAACAAAGAAAAAAUGUGUCCGGUGGAGAACAAAUGGGUCAAGGUGAGUCAAAAGGGAGCUGGUCCUGGACCGAGAAGCUCACACGCCAUGACCGUCGUUGGGAACAAAGUUUACUGUUUCGGCGGUGAGCUGAAGCCGACGAUCCAUAUCGACAACGAUCUUUACGUUUUCGAUAUCCAGAGUCAAGAAUGGUCUAUAGCUCCUGCGACAGGGGAAGCCCCUUUCCCCUGUUUUGGAGUCUCGAUGGUCACGAUCGGUACAACGAUCUACGUCUACGGUGGCCGUGAUGAUCAGCGGAAGUACAACGGUUUGUAUUCUUAUGACACUGUGACUAAUGAGUGGAAAAUGUUAUCUCCUGUUGAAGAAGGGCUCCCUGGUCGUAGCUACCAUUCAAUGGCUUGUGAUGAUCGUAAAGUUUAUGUCUUUGGUGGUGUUACUGCUAAGGGACGUGUGAACACGCUUCACGCUUACGAUGUUGUUGAUCAGAAGUGGGUUGAGUAUCCUGAUGCUGGGGAAGCUUGUAAAGGGCGAGGAGCACCGGGGCUUGUGGUUGUGGAAGGGAAAAUUUGGGUUUUGUUUGGGUUUGAUGGUAAUGAAUUGGGUGAUAUUCAUUGUUUUGAUCUGGCUAGUGAGAAAUGGACUGCUGUGGAGACCACCGGGGAUGUACCGUCGGCGAGAAGCGUGUUUCCGGCGGUUUCUUACGGGAAAUACAUUGUUAUAUAUGGUGGGGAGGAAGAGCCGCAUGAGCUUAUGCAUAUGGGAGCUGGGAAGAUGAGUGGAGAGCUUUACAAGCUUGAUACAGAGACGUUAGUGUGGGAGAGGAUUGUCUGUGGGAAAGAGGAGGAGAAGCCGAGCCAACGCGGGUGGUGUGCGUUUACUGCAGCGGUUAAGGAUGGUGAGGAAGGUCUGUUAGUUCAUGGUGGGAAUUGUCCGACCAAUGAGCGGCUUGAUGAUUUGGUGUUUUGGGGUUUCUCUCAUCUUAGUGUCAAUUAAUGAGUUACCUUUGUGUCUUUUCGUUUGUAAACUACUUUGUGUCUGUGUGUGUUGUUGUUUUAAGGAGUUUAUGUGUUGAUGAUAUGUAACUUCUAAGUAAGUGUCUAAGAUGAAGGAGCUAUGUGUGUUGAAAAAUUUGCUACCUGUUCCAAAUAUUUUAUCAAGUUUGGUGAUUUAAGAAAAAGCUUGUCGA